AUGACGGACGCGACGACUACGCGCGAGCGCACUGCCUCCUCGUCGUCGGACGAGGCCGACUGGCGAGCUUGCGUGGAGUACGAGACGAAGCGCGUGGUCGUGGGCGACCUGGAGGUGCAGGUGUUCCAGAUGGAGGAGCUGCCGGUGGCCGCGUCGCUCUUCAUGCUGGCCGAAAUGGACGCCAACGAGCAGGAGAUCUCGGGCACGCGCCUCUGGACGGGCUCGCACUUCCUCUCGCGGUAUCUGUGGCGUCACCCGGAGCUCGUGCAGAGCAAGCGUGUGCUGGAGCUUGGUGCCGGAACUGGCAUCUGCAGCAUCGUGUCGGCUAAGCUUGGAGCGGUCAAGUGUCUGGCCACGGACGGAGAUGAAGAAGUGGUGGAGCUGUUGGCCAAGAACGUGCAGGUGAACGAAGCGGAGGGUGUGGUGACUGCCCGCUCGCUCUUUUGGGGCGACGAACCGUCGGCGCAGACGCUGCUGGAAGAGUUCCCGGGUGCGUUGACUGAUGUUGACAUUGUGCUGGCGGGUGACGUGCUCUACAAGAGCGAGCUGUUGCCGCUGCUGUUUAGUACUGUGACCCGGGUGCUGACUGCGCCGGAUGAUGCCGACCGAGCUUUCGUGCUGUGCCACAUUCCUCGCGCGGAUGUGACGCACGACCUGGUGGAGAAGCAGAUCACCGACUCGGGCCUCAAGUUCGAGGAGGUUAAGCUGCCUGCGGAAGAUGUGGCGAAUGCGGCUGCGGAGCUUGAGGAGUGUCCUGUGGAAGAUGUGGAGCGCGCUAAGCUGUACUAUAUCACCAAGUAA